GGUUUUUCUCUCUAGUUUCCGCUCUAAUCCCUCUAAUCUCAAUUCAGCACUGGACAGCUCCACUCGCAGUCAAUUUAGGAGACAUCUGAGGAAUCUCACCAUUGCUGGCGCAGCGCAGUCCGCGAGUUCACUUACCUAGAGCUCCCAGGGAAAACACUGAACGGUGGUCAAAUUUAAGGGGGUUUUCUCCCGUACUAUGGAAAUAUCUACAUCUUGGAAAACAAGGUUCUCGCAGCAAGGAUAAGUAAGUGUAGUGCAGUUCAAAGCUGGAAAGAAAGAAAGGAUGCAAUAACUCUUGUUUUUGCGUAAGGAAUCCACACGUGCCUCUGCUCUGUGCCAAGGAUAUUUGGAAAGUUGCACUCACCUGGACCAAAGAGUUGAUCUUGAAACAACAUUGCGUGAGUUUUACAGAUAAGGACGUUUGACGGGGUUUUUUUGUGCGUGUGUGUGGAUUGAAUAACUAAAUAUCAGCUGUCCUAGUAUGAAGGAAACAUACAUACACAAGAGCGUUUAUUGUUUUAUUUUCAUGAACAAAGGUAUAAUAACUUUCUUAACCGGAUGUUGUGUGAGUUCUUUUUUUUUUGCAUGUCGAAAUACAGGUGAGCUGUUCUUAUGUAGUUUAUAUAUUGGAUAUAUCAUUAACUCCCAAUCUGGAUGAAAAUACUGUAAACCAUACGGUAUUUCAUUAAUGAUGCUAAAUUUAACCUUGGUAUGGUUUUCGUGUAAAGACAACAUGAUAGAAAACUGAAAUCCAACUCUGAAGAAUAAUCUCCGCAAUGGAGCGUUUUCUCACAGAGCAUCUAUUUAGAAAAACAACCUUUUCGCUGUUAGAGAAAAUAUCGCAGCAGUGAUCUUCUUUUGUUUUUUUCAAAUUUACCUUGACGUAUAAUUGUCAUCUUUUAUAGAAGAAGUAGCAACAGUGUUGGUUUUGGUAGCAGAAAUUGUAGUAGUAACUGCUGUAAGGCAUCAUGAUUUUAUGCAACACUAGUGCCAUUAAAGACUGGAGCUAUUUCCUUUCGCAGAUCUUGCCACUUGUUAACAAAACGGCCGGUUUGGUCCACCAAGGUAUUGAAAAAGUGGAGGCUACAACGAGCACUGUAGUCACCGUAUUAGAGCCCGACCUCAGCGGCAUGAGCGUGAACAACCCUCCUCUGAACUCCACGAACCAAACCACAGGGCUGGAGCACCUCUUUCAGUAUUCCUACUCAGAGAAUGAACUCCUGUACAGGGACUACAAACCACCAGCCAGGGAUGCCAUUCCGCUCCCCAAAGCCGUGCUAUACUUGGUCAUGGCAGCACUCGUGGUGGUGGUGGUGGCCUACGCUAUCGUCGGUCACCUCAUCAAGGACCUGGUCCAUGACUUUGUCGACUGGAUAUUUGGACCAGGUCCGGACGACAGCAGCAACAAGAGUGAUAUAAACUGUAUAACCAACAGCAUGAACGAAAUAAACGAACAGCCGCAAUUACAGGAGAUGAACCACAUCACUGACAAUCACUUUGUGAACGCUAUCACACCAGACGAGCUCAUUGUUACAAUUGACGAAACUUUACAGAUACCCCGCGAAACGUGUAGCGGCACAUAGUUCCACUACAGCUUUCACACCGUCUUUGAUUCUCCAGAAAGAAAACAGCAAAUCGCUUGUGUUUCUUCUGCCAGUGAAACAGCUAGGCCUAUUAUGAACUGAUUCGACAUGCAGUUUCAUUGCUUACAUCAGUCAGCAGACUUGCAUUUGAUAGACUUUUAAUCCGUUUGGAAUAUCACGCCGAUUUGCGUUUUUGACAGGACGAUUUGCCAAUUUAUUUUGCACUGAUGUCUUAAGACUUCUUGAAAAAAUACUUUGAAUUUAUCUUCACUAUGGUCUUCUAAAUAAACAUUACAUGUAUUGAUUUUAUUUUCUGUAACGUAAGCACUUGCUGAAAGCAGUAUAAACUGCAGCAGAUGGAUACAUUGUUUCCGGAAUUAAGGUUUGCAUUUUAAUGGUGGCAGAUUUCUAAAUGUAAUUUGCAUAUUUGUAUUUGACUCCUAGAUUAUUGUCAUAGCCCGAGUGGGCCCGUCGUAUCGCUGUUCUUUUUGGUAUUGACAGAACCACAAUUUAAGUCAUUAAAAGGGAUUGUUGCUUAUGUUGUUAGUUUUAACUUGUUGACAUCUACAGUAUGUACCGUCCCUAAGGACAACUGUAACAAUCAUAUUUUGUUUAAAAUAUAGUCAGAUAAAAGUUUGGUAAAGUAUGUCCAUUCUGUAGUCGUAAAAUAAAACGAAAUGUUUAAAGAGGACUUAAUGUUAAAAAUGCUGAAGUCUAAAACCAAGGGUUUUGAAUGAUUGUCAGAAGAUUGCAAUUAAUAAUAAUUACCAUAAGAGGGCAAUACUGCCCCAUUGAAUUAAAUUGUAUAGAUAAAUGCUGUUUUGCCUCUUAAAUAUUUAUUAUUGCAGAACAAUUACUAAUUCUACACUACGUUUCUUUCUUCACAUGGGUGUCUUUGGGAAUGAAGAAAAACAGAUUUGUUUUUUUUUUCUAUUUGUAAAACAAUAGACACAUUAAGAGUGUGCACAACAUAAUGCACAACAUAAUGCAUAAUGGCUGUUUCUUUUAAAUAGGAUGUACAUCAUUUAAAGCAGAAGUGAAACAUAUCCGUAUUGAAGGAAUGUCACACUACUCUCAGAGAGGCAUUGAUCUAUAUUCCCAAUGUCUACAAUUUAAACCCCACAAGAAAUUAUGUAAUUACCCUUGAAAAAUCCUUUCACUCUAGCCUGGUUCCAAGAGUACAUUUAAACACAAGUAAAUUCUGUGGUGAUAAAUAUACAGUAAAGCUUCUUUUCUUCCUCAUGUCUCAAAGACUGUCAGUGCCAAUGCAUCACACUAUAAUGUGACCACCCUUUUCAAUAAUCCAGAAGUGCGCUACUUGCAUAUUAAAUUCCUCUUCAAAGGAAUUCCUCUAGCUGCAACUAAAAUUAGUUUAACGUAUUGUUAACAUUUUGGAUAGGAAAUAUGAGUAUUUAAAUUCGAAUUGUAAGUAUAUACGUCUAUGGUGAAUGAUGCACUUAUUAAAAAUAAAUUUAUACACACACAAUAUUAUAUAAAUGUAUGUCCUACAUGGUUAUAUAAGGGUGACAAAUGCAUUUUUAAGAAAACAGGAGGAGAAAUGAGCCAUAUGAUGUAAAUGUGAGUGUGUAAAGAAAUUCAUAGGAUCCCCCUAGUAAUAAGUCUCCACCUGCAGACCAUAAGGGCUAUCAAUAACAGGACUAUUAAUGAUAGUAAUUCAUUGUUUAGAUUGCCUGUUAAAAUUUGUAAUGUCAAAACUGUGCAUAUACAGUACUGUAAACACAUUCUUAAAAAUACAGAAUGAAAAUCACAUACUGUAUAUUAUAAAUUGUUUUAUCAAUGUACAGUAUGUUACUUUAUCUUUUAUUCAUUUUAAGCUUCUUAACAUUUCAAUUCAAUGGAUGUUGUGUAGGUUCAUAUCUAGGUUUCUCUGGCCAGUUUUGAUAUCAAUUUUGCAAUUUGUCUGAAUCCAUAUGUAUGGCUAUAUGUUUUAAAAAGCAAAAUCUUUAUUUUAUGCUCACAAUGUUUCACAGGUACUGUAUUUAAUUCUCAUGGUGGUAUUUAAUGUGCAUCAAAUGUUAUUGUUUCACAGUGCAAUUUUCGUGAUUCAAAUGUUUCAAUAUACCAGUUAAAUUUAUAAAUACUUUGUAGUUGCUAAAAGACCUUGUGCUGUUCAUAACUAGGUAACAUGUCAUGCUAAGCAAUGGUAUAUUCUAGAGCAGUGGUUCUUAGACCUAAUCUUCCCAACUGUAUGUCAGCUGGUUUUUGUUUCUUCUGGACUUUUUAUCAUCAGUGUUAAAGAUGCCUAUAACUGAUUUACUGUAUUUGUUCUGUUCUUGGUUUCAAAAAUACCCCCAGUUACUGUAAGUGCACUAUUGCAGUACUUCAGCACAUGUACAGUAGCUUAAUUAUGCAGUUUGUUCCCCACUUGCUGAUAAAGAAUUUUCUACCUUAUUUUUGGCAAAACAGCUCUUAAUAAUACAUCAAUUAAGGAUACAGGUGACACAGGUGGACUCCCAUAGUGAGAAAGAGUAACGUCUGUUUCAGUCCAGUUAGUUAUAUUUCAGCUACCACAUCUGAAUGAGGGCAGUCCUGAAACUCAUGUUUGAGUUCAGGGGUUAUACCAAUUACAUAUAAUUCAGCUUUUUAAUCUGUUUUGGAAAAAGGGUUUCAAAUAGAAAAUGAAAUUAAAAUUGAAAAGUAGUCAGCGAAUAAGAUCUAAGUUGGUGCAAAGACCCACGGACAGAGAGGUUCCCCAGUACCAGGAAUGAGAACCACUGUACUAGAGGAAUUGUAUGUUUCAGAUAAUCCACACUAUGAUUUAAUUAAUUAAGAGUUUUAUAAUUAAAUUGUCAAAAACAAAUGACAAAUCAGCACUAGUAGAAAAGGUUUGUUACCAAUUUACACAAAUAUUUGUCCAAAAUGUUUUUUGUUAGUUUCUUGUAACCCCUUUAAGAAAAAAAUAUUUUGAAAUAUAGAAACCAGUUUAUUAACAAUAAUUUAAGUGCAUCUGAAUUCCUUAAACCUAGUCCUGUUAUAUUUACAGAAAUUAUUUCUUUUUCUUUUCUAAUCAAGUAAAGCUAAAGAAGCAUAAGUAAAGCUACAGUUUACAUAAAUAGCACAAGACUAGGAAAUACACCUUUAUGUAAAAGAAGGAAUAUUUUUUUACAAUAAAUAAAUUACUCAUUGUAUUGUUUAGGAAACAGGAAAUUCCAAUGAGGCUAGACACAGAGGUCUAGUAGUCCUCCAGUUAAGCUCUUGUUAAGUGAAUACUGUGGUGAUACAGAGUGAUAAAACAGAGUAUGUUUCUGUCUGGAACUGAUGUAAUGGCAUCCUCUGUAAAUACUAUCACUCCAGUAAUUAUCCUUCUGCUCAUAGCUUGUGUAUGUCAAUGUUUCUG